ACUUCCAGCACCAAACCUGCUCAGUCUGCGGCAGGAGCGCUCUCUGCUUAGGUUGUACUGCAAAAGCCUCCCUUCACCCAACGCCAUCUUGUGAUUGAGGUGCUUUUCUCGUCAAGGUAUUACCACCUAUUCUCAGUUUUUUGUUUGGGAAAAAGGCAGAACAAAUAACGUCGUGAAUAAUGGUGAAACUGGGGAGUAACGUGAACGAGAAGAACAGCAAACAACAAGCUUGUAGCGAUGAGAAUUUUCACACCGUCCCCUUGAUCACACCCCUGGAUGUGAACCACCUGCAGUUCCCUGCUCCAGACAAGGUUGUGGUGAAAACAAGAACUGAGUUCCAAUCCGAUCAAAAGAACAAAGGGAGACUGAGAGUACCGAAGAUCGCCGAGUUCACCAUCAGCUUCAAUGACGGUGUUUCUGAAAGGCUUAAGGUCACCAUUCUCAUAUUCCUCGCUCUUGCAUUCCUUGCUUGUAUAGUCUUCUUAGUGGUAUACAAAGCCUUCACCUAUGAUCACAGUUGCCCAGAUGGAUUUGUGUACAAGCAUAAACGCUGUAUACCAGCAUCCCUUGAAGCCUACUAUUCAGCACAAGACUCCACCUCCCAAGGACGAUUCUACACUGUCAUCAGCCACUACAGCCUGGCCAAACAAACCACCUCCCGUUCGGUGUCACCUUGGCUGCCUGGUACCUCAGAUGAAAAGACAGCAGAAGAUGAUUCAAAAUCUUCAAGCAACAAUAGUCACUGAGCAACUUACACAGAGUGAGGUUCUGUAAAACAACACAAGUGUGAAAGGUGUUUAGGUCGCUGAUCAAUCGAAAAUGUUACCGCACUAAGCAGUGCAAAAAAAAAAGCGGUGUUUGGAUUAUACGAUAGUCGUUUCUUUUGUCCCUCAUCCUUAUUGAUUUGUAAUUGAUUCUGAAGCUUUUGUACAAAGGCAUGUUUGAUGUUGCUGCACUUCACACACUAUAAGCUCAUUUUUGAAUAACCCAUGUGAGGACAUCUUACCCUCGAUGACUUUGCCUCUUAUUGUUUGAUUGCAUUUUUAGAAAAUCCGGCGUUGGUGAGUGCCCCCUCCCCAUCCCCCCCAUCCUGUCCCACUCCCACUU